AGCCGCAGCUGUGGGUGGGUAGAGAGCACUCGGCGCCUUCCAGAAGGGACCGCGCCCGCAGCACCUGUGCCUGGAAGCGCUGCCGGACCAGGAGGACAGUUGCGGCUUUUUGACUCAAUGGGGCUGAAUGGCAGAACGUAUUCAUUGAUCGAGAAGCAGCUGUUUGACCAGAACAAGGGGCUACUUCCUGGUUUAAAUCAGGAAAGAUUGCAACAUAUUCUCCUAUGCUUGACACCUACAGAAUACAUGUCCUAAAGGAAUUAAUCAGUGGUUUUCCAUCCUGGAGAUACAUUAGAAACAUAACUAUGGUGCCAAAAGAACCCCUUACCACCCUCUGACUACAGUUCAUUUGGACAUACUAUUCUAUUGAAGAGACAGGAGCACACACUGAGGAUACUCACUUUGCAAAGACUUUGUCGUGUAGGAUCAUGGACCAUCCUAGUAGGGAAAAGGAUGAAAGACAACGGACAAGUAAACCAAUGGUACAAAGGAGUGCCCACUGCUCCCGACCGUCUGGUUCAUCGACAUCCUCUGGGGUCCUUAUGGUGGGACCCAACUUCAGGGUUGGCAAGAAGAUAGGAUGUGGGAACUUCGGAGAGCUCAGAUUAGGUAAAAAUCUCUACACCAAUGAAUACGUAGCAAUCAAACUGGAACCAAUAAAAUCACGUGCCCCACAGCUGCAUUUAGAAUACAGGUUUUAUAAACAGCUUGGCAGUACAGGUGAAGGCCUCCCCCAAGUGUAUUACUUUGGACCAUGUGGGAAAUACAAUGCCAUGGUUCUGGAACUUCUUGGCCCUAGCUUGGAGGAUUUGUUUGACCUCUGUGAUCGAACCUUUACUUUAAAGACGGUGUUAAUGAUAGCCAUUCAAUUGCUUUCUCGAAUGGAAUACGUACACUCAAAGAAUCUUAUUUACCGAGAUGUCAAGCCAGAGAACUUCUUGAUUGGCCGACAAGGCAAUAAGAAAGAACAUGUUAUACACAUUAUAGACUUUGGACUGGCCAAGGAAUACAUUGACCCUGAAACCAAAAAGCAUAUCCCUUAUAGGGAACACAAAAGUUUAACUGGAACGGCGAGAUAUAUGUCUAUCAACACGCAUCUUGGCAAAGAGCAAAGCCGGCGGGAUGAUUUGGAAGCCCUAGGCCAUAUGUUCAUGUACUUCCUUCGAGGCAGCCUUCCCUGGCAAGGACUCAAGGCUGAUACAUUAAAAGAGAGAUACCAGAAGAUUGGUGACACCAAAAGGAAUACUCCCAUCGAAGCUCUCUGUGAGAACUUUCCAGAGGAGAUGGCAACCUACCUUCGAUAUGUGAGGAGAUUAGACUUCUUUGAAAAACCUGACUAUGAGUAUUUACGGACCCUCUUCACAGACCUCUUUGAAAGGAAAGGCUACACCUUUGACUAUGCCUACGAUUGGGUUGGGAGGGCUAUUCCGACUCCUGUCGGGUCAGUUCAUGUAGAUUCUGGAGCAUCUGCAAUAACUCGAGAAAGCCACACACACAGGGAUCGGCCUUCACAACAGCAACCCUUUAGAAAUCAGACUGCGUCGUCAGAGCGCCGAGGAGAGUGGGAAAUCCAGCCCAGCAGGCAGACCAAUACCUCCUACCUGACGUCUCACUUGGCUGCAGACCGCCAUGGGGGAUCAGUGCAGGUGGUUAGUUCAACUAAUGGAGAGCUGAAUGUCGAUGACCCCACAGGAGCCCACUCCAACGCACCAAUCACAGCUCAUGCCGAGGUGGAGGUAGUGGAGGAAGCUAACUGCCUGAAAAUGCUCAACUUGUGGUGCUGCUGUUUCUUUAAGAGGAAAAGGAAGAAGACUGCCCAGCGCCACAAGUGACCAGUGCCUCCCAGGAGUCCUCAGGCCCUGGGGAUUCUGACUCGAUUGUACCUGCAGCUCCUGCCAUUUCUCAUUGGCAGGGACUCCUCUGUGGAGGAGGGUGGAGAUUCAAACCAAAAAGAAGAAAACAGAUACCCCAGGAGCCAGUGUGGGCAGCCAGGGCCCAGUGGGCCAGCGGCUGCACCGCCUGCUUGCAGCUCUGAGCAGGUCCCAGGGCUGCUGCUCCUCCAUUGCUUGCCCGCAGGGCUGCUUGGUUGACUCUCCUGCCCAUUGUUUACAGUGAAGGUGUCAUUCACAAAAACUCAAGGACUACUGGCCUCUUCCCUCCCCGUAGUUUGCUCCUGGUUCUUGCUCACCCCUAACCCUCUCCAGCAUAAAGGCUAGUGAGCAAAGUUUUGUCUGCUGCAGGAGCUCUGGAGGCUGGAGCUGCAGCCAAGAAGGCAGCAGGAAAAUUGCAGACCUGGGCUGACAAGGAACUUUUCCCACCUACCAGGUGGAGCAGGCAGGAUGGCUUCCUCUUCCUCUUGUGCCUGUGCAACCUCAUCGCUAGCUGGUUACGGGGUACAGGCCCUCGUGCCCUCCCUCCUGAGAAGUUAUACCGUAGGACACAAGCUGUGACGACUCUGCCGGCUACUGUCCUCGUGGAUUGGUGUUCUUAGCUCUCUUGACAAGGGGAAUGUUCUCCAGAUGGUAAAAAGACAGUGCAAAUAGGCCCCAGCAAAGGAAAAGGGGAGGGAGGGGAAAGAAAGGAAAAAAAAACCCUGACUUUGUUGCACUUUUAGUUUAGUUAUGUUUUUUUUUCAAGCAGAAAACAUGACAGAUGCAUAUUGUGUCUGGUUAUAUCGGGGUUUUACUUUUUCUGUCUUGAAGGGAAUGGGGCCACCUAAGCCAUUCAGAAAGAGAGGGGUCCAGAGGACAUAUUCCCAAUGGAAAUGCGGCUCCCAGAAGAAAAGAAGCCAAACCUAUGCCAUUCUAAGCCACUGCGCUCAGGCUGGCAAGGAAACAUAUACUUGAAUUUUCAUUCAUCUUCUCAGUUGCCGAAGAAUGUCCCUACCAGAGCAUCUUGACCUGCUCAGCCUGCAGUGUAGGAAACUUGGCUCUCAAGCACUUGGGAUAAGCCACGCCAACCAGACAGGGACCGGGAGACAGCUCAUGCCAGAGAAGUAGAUGUUUAACAACAGCAUCAGAAAUCCGUGUGUCCUCCACUGCCAGGGACUUCCAAUUAGACAGCCAUGUGAUUUCCUGGUGACUUGGGGAACAAAGUGAGGCAAGAGCGACCACCAUUUUGCCACUAGUGGACAAAGAAGACAAAGGUGAACCUAUCUUCCAACUGCCAGAGGAACCUCAGGGUGCAGCUUCAUAGAGCCAGGAGCAGAAAGUCCGUAUGUACCAUCGACCCCAGUAGCUCUAACCCUUGGGCUGGUCUGCCUUAUCAGAGGCCAAACCCACGAAGGUCUUCUCUCAUCGGGGCUACAGCAGUGGGAUUAGGAUAUGGAGUAUGUGCAGCUGCAGUAAUCAGGAGGGGAAGAUUUGUUGGUGCUGGAAAAUUCCAGGGAAAAGGAAACUAAAAUGGAAUGUCUGAAAUUGUCUCAGUUGGACAGGGUCUCCUUGCAAAGAAGAGGGUCAUGCGCAGAGGACAUGUUCUCCUGUCUACUCUCUGCCGCCCGGCACGGCACUGUGUCUUCACCUGACGUGCUACCAGGAAGGGUCUCCGUUCUUCAGUCUCUGCUUGAAAAAACAAGUACAGUUGCUCUUCUCACGCGUGGUUUUCACUUGAGUACCGUGGCUUAUUCAAAGAGGGACUGCUCGUUUCCGAUGUGACAGAGGACACGGGGUUCUUUGCAUCAGGGACAGAGGCAUUGUGUCUGGCAGAAAGAAGGACAAGCUGGCACUCCUCUUUUGCCCUUUUGUUUCCCCAUUCCGGAGAGCUAGAGAACAUGGACCGUGGAGGCCGUGGCUGGUGGGUUGGGGAACACCGAAAUUGUCACUUCUCGAUAUGUAGGACUGUCUGUUGGACUAGAGGGGUGAGGAGGUACUUUCUGGUAGUUGAAAUCUCAUGAGAGAUGCCUUGAUGGACCGUAGAUGGCACAGAAAGAGCCACAUUAGAUGGACCAGGGUUACUGAGUUUCACCUGCUCUAUUUAGUACUUGUCUUGAGAAUGUCACUUGGGUAGCUUAUGUGGUGAUUGUAAUUCUCUUCUUUAAGAGAAAUUUCCUAUAUACAAAAUACAGGAGGGCAGGGAUCGUCAUUGUCAUACCCUGCCCCACAAGGACUUUGAAUCCUGGGCUUUGCUUCAUUGCCAUUUUUAAGUGGUAAGGCCCCAUCACUGAGACUUACAUCGUUUCUCAGUUGGCAUUUGGACAACUCCAUAACUGCCUGUGUAGAAACGUUAACCUCCUGUCCCUCUAUAGGAAAAAAGCCUUGCCUCUCAAGAAAGGCAGGGGGAAUCAGUGUCAAAGCCUGGCACACCCUGGCACUCCAUACCCUACCAAGUACCUCCUCUCAAAAAACAUAGGCUAUGGCCAGCUUGGCUGUUAGGCAAGCCCCCUUCAUAGGCUUGUGAGGUUUUUGUAUUUAAAUGGUUUAAAGGCUAGCUUUUGAGGAGUUGAAUUUGAGCAGUAGAGGAGGGUCCUUCAAUCACCCUGGACUCCCACUCCCCACAACCUCUUAAAAGAUACUUUGUUUUCAUAGCAAAGGUGAAGAGCCCCAGUUCUCUGGAGCUUGCAGGGAAUAAUGAUCCUUUUCAGGGGCCCUGGAAUGCCAAGACGUUCCCAGAGGCCUGGGAGAUUCUGUUAUGAUCUUCCUUAAAAAAACA